AGCUGAGCAGGUCUGCAUCGCGCUCAUUACUAAUGUCGCUCACCCGACAAGAAGCAUCGAUUGAGAAGAUCAGAUGUGUAAAAGAAAUCCCAUGGAAAGGAUAUCUGUGAGAAUGAACCUUCGUGCCUAAAGCCGGACUCCUACUUUGGGCACAUGGUCCAUUAGAAUGAGGCUAAACAUGUCUGAAAACCACAUCAACUGCACCAUUGAGUCCAAAAUUCACCAGUACCUCUUUUCUGGCACUUACAUCCUAGUCUUAAUGGUAGGAUUUCCUAUCAAUGCCUACGCUCUCUACCAUGCCUGGCUGCAGCUGAGGGCUCGCAAUGAGCUGGGUGUCUACCUGCUUAACCUGACAGUGUCUGACCUCCUGUACCUGGCCUCUCUGCCUUUCUGGCUGCAGUACAUCUUUUCUGGAGAUAACUGGGAAUAUGGUGAGUGGGCCUGCCGUGUGUGUGGCUUCCUGCUCUAUGACAACAUCUACAUCAGCAUCGGCUUCCUGUGCUGUAUCUCAAUAGACCGUUAUUUGGCUGUGGUCUACCCCCUCCGUUUCUCCUCACUCCGCACCAUGAAAGCAGCAGCAUUGGUCAGUGCCAUAGUGUGGAUCAAGGAACUUGCUGUAGGCGUUGUAUUUUUCCAGCACAAGGAGCUGAGUGAAUACAAGCCUAACCAAUUGAUAUGCUUCGAGCACUAUCCCAUGCAGCAAUGGGAGCAUUCCAUAAACUACUACCGUUUCUAUGUGGGCUUCCUGUUUCCGUUAGGAAUCCUUUCCGUCUCAUACUUUCGCGUCCUACGGGCUAUCUGCAAGAGUGCAGGGACGCAGUCAGUCCAGAAAAAACGCAUCAGAAACCUGGUCACCAUCACAAUCAUCAUCUUCCUGGUGUGCUUUUCACCAUACCACAUCCUUCUGCUGGUGCGGACACUCCUGGAGACUGACUGCUCUUUCGUUGCAAAGAUUUUUGACUAUUACCACUUCUCAUUCUUGCUCACUACUUGGAAUUGCGUGGCUGAUCCAGCACUUUAUUGCUUUGUCAGUGAAAGUGUCCAGCACAGCAUCCAACAAGCUGUAGAGGCUUGUGCCUCCAUUCUCUGCUGCUGCUCUAAAUGCAAGAACAGUUACAACACAGACUCCGCCGAAGCAGGAAUACCUAUUGACAAUGGAAAGGGCACCUCUGUGGCCACACUGCUUCAGCAAAAUAAGAUUGAACUGUGAAGGGGUGAGUGAGUGUGGAUGGUUUUAUUUUAUUUAUUUAUUUAUUUUUAAAUGAACUGUGGGUUGAACUUUUGAACAGUGGGUUCCAUUUGAACAGUGAACUGUGGGGACUAUUUGCGAAGGUGUUAUGUCUUCAUUUCUUUUUUUGUGAUUUUAUUGUGAUGAGGAUGAGUAAAAGUGCUGUGUACUCCACAAAUCUCUGGUCUAGGCUAUAUGUUUGUUUUUUGUUUGUUUGUUUUAAAAUGCCUUUAUCAGUUUUAAUGAUGUGAAUUCUCAGGGACCUUCACUGAUGGUUGACUUUUGAAGGAGGAAAUAGAUUUUAAAGGGCCAAGCCAAGCCAGUUGAUUUAAGCCUGUGGAGUUCCCUCACUGUGAGUAACAUGAACUCAGCAGAAAGAAAAUGAAAGAGAUGGUUUCUCAUUGACAAUAUGUUUACUGUCUAGUAAAUACUACCCAUUUUGAAAUGUAUGCAUUGCAUUCUGUGUUACAUGAGAUGUGUAUAUUCUCUUCAAACAUUUUCUGUUAUGGGCAGAGUUCAGGCAUACUGUGUUUUUUUUGUUUGUUUGUUUUUUAGUUUCCAAUUUUAAA